AUGGAGGAGGACUGGAAUAUAGUACAACAAGAUCUGGAUGACCUUGAAAAGUGGAAUACAAGAGUUGCCUUGCUCCUGCGGCUCCAGCGCCCGCUGCUCUGGAUGUUCAGCACAGAGAUGGACCCAGCUGCGGGAGCAGAGCCAGUUGCCUUUGCCACCGAAUCGUGCUUUAAGAAGAAACCCUGGGAGUAUCUAGAGAUGGAAGAGUACAUAGAGAGAUACGGCGACAAGCCCAUCUGGUUCGGCUAUCGGCGUAACCACAAGGGACACCCCCCUCAGAAGACCCGCAAGACCUGCAUAAGAGGAAAGAAGAUUGCGGGGAACCCCUGCCUCAUCUGCCGAGACCAGAAACUCCAUGUGGACUACAGGAACCUGAAGCUUCUGGAGCAGUUCAUCUGCUCCCACAUGUGUGUCAUCUUCCAUCCCACACGCACAGGUGUCUGCAUGAAGCAGCAUAAACGCUUGACCCAGACAAUUAACCAGGCUCGUGACCAUGGGCUCUUGAGCUUCCACAUUCCCUUGGUGACGCUGCAGGGCAAAGACUACACCAACCAGUACCAGGCUGUGACCAAGAUGCCCCCCACCCCCUCCAUGCAGAGCCAGACACCCUGGUACCUCUGGUAUGAGUGGUAGCAGCCACCUGAAAAGGACAUUGCCAGGAUCUGCAGGAUAUACAAGGACUAUCUGAAGGAGGAAACCAGCCCGGCAAGAAGGCCCAGGGCAGAACUGGAUGGAGUGUCCUAGGGUAUGGGGGAUGGGCAGCUCCUGGGGGAGCUCAGGCCUUCGGCCUCACCUGAUGAGCUGGCCCUAGUCCCAGCCCCUGCAGGGAUAGCACUGAAGCUGCCCAGCUCCCGGCCAUGACUUGUCCAAACCUUCAAUGGGGAAUAAACUGGAAGAUGCUGA